CGAGAUUGUCGGCACUUUGAUCAUUAGCAGCAGUUCACUUGAAGCGGUAAAAGUUGUAUUUAGUGUGCUAGUAGUAAAAAGAAUAAGAAGAUGCGUGUAAGACAGUUGCAGACGACCCUACAGGACCAAGGCAUGAUCCAGCAGAUCUCGAUGGAUCAGUUGAGUGACAUGAAGAUGGCUUUGGAUGCUACUUUCUGGUUGCGAAGUAUACAAAUGUUGAAGGACCCGUAUGCCGAUGCUCUUGGUGGAAUGCCUCCUGGGCUUUUCGGUAUCAUUGCGAAGGAGCUCGAGCUCUUCUCACACUACAAUAUCAAGCCUAUCUUCGUCUUCGAUGGUAUCGUGCCUCCACUACAGCAUCAAAUGUUUCAACAAUCCAGUCAGCAGCAGUUGGAUCAGGCGUGGACACUAUCGGCUGAGGGGCAUGACUCCGGAGCCCAGAAGGCGUUCGCGGUUGCUACCAGUCGUAUUAAUAGCGACAUUUGCCACUUCGCCUUCCACUUCUUGAAGUCCAAGGGUUUCGAGGUCAUCCGAGCACCCUACUUUGCCUCGGCUCAGCUGGCUUAUAUGGCGGCCAACAAUCUCUGUCAAGUCGUCUAUGGUCCUCCUGGUCUUCUCUUGUAUGGAGUGAAAAGUGUAGUUCUGCAAAUGGACUUCCAAAAGAACAAGGCUGAAUGGGUAUCUCUGGACCAUGUACUGAGCAAAUGGUUCAUCAAUCGAGAGCAGUUCAUAGACGCAUGUCUAUUGGCUGGUACUGAGUAUUGCCUUACCUACCCCUAUCUCAAUUUGGAUCAAUUCCGUGGGGAGAAUCAGCCUCCAGCGGCGGCUCACCAUGCGGGGGCCUUUAGUUUCGAGACCGCCAUAGAGUUCAUCAGACAAGUCCCAUUGAACUCCUGGAUGCAGACGUUCCCUACGGACGAUAUGCGCAAUGACCACGUUGAAGGCUAUUGUGUAUGCAAGCUGCUCUUGUGCUACACUCCAGUGUUGAAUACGAUCGACUUGGAGACUCCUACUCUUAUGCCGAUAUCAUUCCCCCCUACGCAUGUAUGUCCAAGUGAUAUGUCAACAGUGUUGGGUGAAAGACUGCCAAUGACUGUUUAUGAGCUCCUUAUGAUGGGAUUCAUCAGCAGUAGACUUCCAUUGGUCUUGGCGACGGGAGUUUGGUGUGAUCGACAGAGCCCACUGAUUGAUUCGAAGGAGUACAGGUCUUUGCUUAUCGACUUAACUAACGAGUACCGGACCAAGGCUCUUGGGAUAAUGGCUGAGAAGCUGAACCCAUCCCUGAGAGAUCGGCCUAUCAUAUGCACUGCUUAUUGGGAGGAUCCGAACCUACGUCGAAUUCGGAUUCCUCAUGUGAAGGGUUUGAGGUGGAAGUUCACGAAGGAGGAUCUAGAGGCUGAGAUGCGUAGACAAGGUGUAAAUACUGUUGAUCUGAGAUUCUGUUUGCAGUGGCAUGCGAACGAAUUCCAACGGGAUGGUCCGUUGGUGGUGAAUAUGAGGAACCCUGCUGGUCCCCGUGCUGAGCCUAAAGAUUUGAACUCCCUCUCGGCUCUGGUCCAUUUCCAGUUGCUCGAGUCUCUCGAGUACUUCUCUGAAGACGGCGGCAUGACCAUCCUCGGUGACGUGCUGAAGGAUACCCCAAGCCGCUUCCAGGAGCCCACUCUGUUUGCCCUGGAGUUGAUGAAAUUCGGCGUAUUGACGGGAGACCCCUUUGAGCCGGUAGACGGCAGCGAGUUCCCUGCAGCGGUCCGUUACCCGAAUAUCGACACGGUGACAGAUAAGGAGAAAAGCAUAACGCUGCUGUCGAGAGUUGCAAGUCUUAUUCCGAUGAAGCUGAAGAAUGAUCUUUGGGAUACGACAGUGGAGUUCGACUUGGCCGCCUUCCAUUCAUUAGUGAGGCUGUUCAAACGGACGUUAAGGGUCCUAUGUGAAUCUUGUCUCACUGAAGACCUCAUAGAAAACAAGUCUCUCAUCAAGUUGCUGCCGAAUAACACGUUCAGUCCGAAUGGACCCUUGCCAAGCGAUUUAGAUGCAAAUGGACAGAGAUUGCCCCACCGUCGGGAGCCUCGUGUGGCUGAAGUCGGGCCGUCUCCCGUCCUUCCCGUGUUUAUGCUCCCGAGAACGUGUAUGGGUAUUGUUAUGAAGUACUUCAUGUCAUGGGAAGCCCCUCAAACUAGGAAACCGAUGAGUAGUGCGGAGAAGCGUGCGGCUUUUGACGAGAACCUUCGGAGGAAGUUUGCAUGCUGUGUGGACCCAAUGAAGGACCUUGGAGUGGCGCUAGAGUUCUGGGCUGAGAUGAAGAGGUGUAUAGUGGAUAUCAGUGAUCAACUUGGAGCGGAGGAGAUGAAGGAGGAUGUCAUAAAGGCUGACAUGUUGUUAUCGGAGAAGCGCAUGAUGAUGAGUAUUUAACUCAUGGAACUAGGAAUCUUCUUCCUCUGUUGAGUACAUGGUGAACUACAGUCAUCUCCUCAGAGUCUUCCAAGGCUGAAUCCUCGCAAAUAUGAGUAUCUUCUUCCUCUCCAGCAGCCAUACUUCAUUUGUUUC